AUGACGCAAGUGGUGGCAGUAGCAGGCGAGCCGGUGUACCUGCCUUGUGACAUCGCAACGCAGGAUGAAGAAGAUGCUGUCCUACUUGUGUUGUGGUACAGAGAAGAUCUGGGUACACCUAUCUAUAGUGUUGACGCUCGUGAACGAGACUUCGGUGUAGCCGAACGGUGGUCAGACGAGAGCGUCUUCGCAUCAAGAGCAUAUUUCCUGCCUGAAAGAAGACCAGCAGAACUAGGAGUUGACAGAGUAAAGGCCUCAGACCAAGGCGUAUACAGAUGUAGAGUGGACUUCAAGCAAGCACAAACGAGAAACUCUAGAGUCAACUUAACUGUUGUUGUGCCGCCCAACAAGAUGGUAAUCACAGAUGAUAAAGGUGACGUGAAACAAGCUAUUGUCGGACCUUAUAUUGAAGGUGACACCUUCACGCUGAAAUGUGACGUCACUGGGGGACGACCAAGGCCUUGGGUGAAAUGGUUCAGAGAUGAAGUAGAGACUGAUACGCCAGCUACCCCAUUAUCAGGAAACGGUGUGCGUGGGGUACUGAGGGUGGGACCACUAACGAGACUCGAUGUUCGAGCAGCUUUUACGUGCAGAGCCUCAAACCAUGCCAGAGCACAUCCUAUUGAGACGACGCUCACUUUAGAUAUGAAUUUUCCACCACUCACAGUCCACAUUCUUGGUUCAAAUCAGCCGCUGUCAGCAAGUAGAAGAUACGAUCUUUUGUGUCAAAGUUCAGGUUCAAGACCUCCUGCGUCAAUCACUUGGUGGAAGAAUGGACAUAGAAUUAAUAACGCCAAAGAAACAUUAUCAACAGAUGGUAAUACGACAACAUCAACAGUAUCCUUGCAACUGACCAAGUCUGAUGCUGGAGCAAAACUUGCGUGCAGAGCUUCAAAUCCUCAAAUGCCAUCAGUGCCAGCUUUAGAAGACGAUUGGACUUUGGAUAUACAAUAUGUCCCGGAGACCGUAGUACGACUUGGAACCAACCUGGAUCCUACCAAUAUCAGAGAAGGCAGUGACGUAUACUUCGACUGUAAUAUCAAGGCACACCCUUACGUUUAUAAAGUGGAAUGGAGGCAUAACGGUAAAACUCUUCUUCACAAUGUGGGCCAAGGAAUCAUCAUCAGCAAUCAGUCCUUGGUGUUGCAAGGAGUUGGAAGAAAAACUGCAGGAAACUACACGUGCGUUGGAUUCAAUGCCGAAGGCGAUGGGGAGAGUAAACCGUUCUCAUUGAAUGUUCUAUAUGCCCCAACAUGUCGAAGUUCACAACAAAGGGUGCAUGGAGUGGCAAAGCAAGAGCGAGCGCACAUCACUUGUCAUGUGGAUGCAAACCCACCUGAAGUCACUUUCCGUUGGACCUUCAACAACACUGCCAACAGCAACGAGGUCAGUGACACCUACGUGUCACGAGCUGGUACCAGCUCAACCGUCACGUACACUCCUCAUACUGAGAUGGACUACGGCACUCUGCUGUGCUGGGCUCGAAACAGAAUCGGACAGCAACGUGUACCCUGCGUUUACCACAUAAUUGCUGCCGGUCGUCCUGAUCAAGUUCACAACUGCACUGUAGUCAACGCGUCACUGACAUCAUUCGGAGUGCGAUGCUCUGAAGGAUUCAACGGAGGCAUGCCUCAGUCUUUUCUUCUAGAAGUGAGGGAGAUCGUUACACAGGAAAUAGUUGCCAACGUAUCAAGUGCUGUUCCUCGCUUCACUGCAGUAGGAUUAAACCCGGGACGGACGUAUGCUGCAGCUGUAUUGGCUUAUAAUGCCAAAGGUCGAGGUGAUCCUUAUCCGUUGAGAGCUGGUACCUUGAGACCUCCGGAGAAGCACCAUGUACAUGAUAAGAGUUUAGAUUUACCUCGCACAGCCUUCCAAAUGUCGGCAUCGAUGUCAGUAGCUGUUGGUGGCGGCAUUAUUUUGAUGGUGGUCCUGAUCCUUUUUAUGAUAGCCGUUAAACAGCGUUGUGCUAAACGAAAACCAAGGUCAGCUCCUCCUCCGUCCUCACAACCAGCCUCGCCUGACAAACUGAGGGAGAAGGAAGACAGUGAAAGCGACGAUCGAAAUCCAGAUAUUAUACCAUCAGAUACAGAUCAGAUGCAGAUGGACUACUACCGGCAGCAACAAGUAUCAACGAUAUCGCCUCCACUAGGGAGCAGAGGGCCUCGAGGUAGUGUGGCGGGAGUCAGGGGAGGAUUACCUGCGUACUGCCCACUUAGAACUGCACCGCCUCCCACACAUGGCAAUAUGCACGAACCAACCAUCGAGGAAGGCUAUUCUUAUGGUGUUCUGUUCGUCCAGAACGCAGGCAUUCCUCCGCCGGCGCGGUUCGCAUCAGGAUCGUGCACAUUACCGCGGGGCGGCAGCGUGACUGGGACACCAGGCGGCGAGGCGCGCUGUGGGAUCCCGCUGCAACACUUGCGUACUCUGCCGCGGCCGGCAACUGCCGCUACCGCGGCACCACCUAACGCCCCGCGCGUUCCUCCUCGUGACACUCCGCUCUGA